UGGUCAGAUUGGAAACAUCGCCGCAUGAUUUCUAGCAGAUAAUAACAAAUUAAAGUAUUAAUUCCUAACUGAAAUGGACGACGAGGAGGAUCCCAUUGUGGAGGAGAUCCCAGUGUUUCUAUCGAAGAACCUGCAGGACAAUCUCUACCUCUUCCAGUACCCCACAAAAACCGAACUGCCAAAUCUGGACGAUGCCAUCGUCGUCAAUUGUUGUGUGAAACCCUUCACACAAGAAGUCAAAGUGGAUUUUGGGUUGAACAUUGAGUCCAAAAGCUACGAUCGUUUCAAGGGCGAACAAUUCGCUGUGGCGGCAGAUGGCAAGAACACGUAUGGCGCUGCCACGCCCAAGGGCGGUGAACGGCCGACGUAUAAGCGUGGCGUAAUGGAUAAACAGGCGUUUACCAGCACCCGAUCCCUGACGGACAUAUCCAAGUAUGUGGUGGGCAUCUAUAUGGACAAAGAGAUGCAUUUGUCGCCGUUGGCGAGCAUUGUGCAACUGCGUCCCUCGCUCAACUAUUUCGACAAGGAGGACAAACGACGCAAGGCGGAGCAAAAGGCCCAAACCGAGGAUGUGGACGAUGAGGAAGUGGCUCAGCAGGUCACCGUGAAAUUUGCACGUGGUACUGGUGCCGGAGCCGCCGCUGGCAAGAAGACAAAGGAGCAACGCGGCACCUACGAUUCAUUUAUGCAACGCAUCUCAGAGGAGCCGUGGUGCGAGACAUAUUGGCAUUCCAGGGAUAAACCCAUAGCGCAACUGGAACGCCAGAAACUCUUCACCACGAAUCAUCAAGCGAAUCAGUCGCUUUCGCUGCCAGCCGGCGAAUAUCUAAACAAGCUGCUGCCUCACGACGAGCAUGUGCAACAGGUGGACGAGGCGAAUGUGCUGCCCGUUUACAACAAGGCAAUGCUGAAGACGCUGGCGCUGCUGGAUCAGUUGCGUGUGCUGCUCAAGGAUGCCCGGAUGCUCUCGUUUUCGGAUCUAUUGAACAUCCUCUGCGAGCACGUUGAUCCGCAUGUGAAUGCGGAUAAAGUGCUCGCGUUGCUGCCACAAGUGGGAAUUCUGCUGCACGGCAACUGGGUGCCCAAGUCGGAGCUGGUCUAUCCCGAGAAGAUGCUGUCACAUGCCAACGGCGUUACGGCGGAACAAAUGAUACGCGCCCGGGAUUAUAUCCUUUAUAGAUUCUCGCGAACGCAGUGCUUGCAUCGGAAUCAGGUGAUGACCGCCACCCAAUUGCCGCCGGCGGAGACGUUGGAUGUGCUCAGCACCGUGGCGCGGGUGAAUACAACAAAACGUUGGGAGCUCCUCCUGCCGCCCGACAAGGAGUUCGAGCAGCGGCAUGUGGAGCUGGUGCAGCGACAAGAGUUGCACUGGCGCGCCACGGAGCAGUCCUACAAUGAAAUGGACUGGGCCAAGGAGACGAAACGGGUUCGCAAGCGUUCCAUGCGCAAAAGUGAAUCGCAACAAUCACAACAAUCGACAAUGGCUAUGCCGCCGCCUGCCCCUCAUCUGCCCUCAGAGACGUAGCAGCUCUCACACUUUAAAUAUAAUAAAACAGAAAAAUAUAAUUGA